CAUUUGCACUUUAAUUUCUCCAUUUUUCAUUUGGAAAUAUCCCAAAAAAACUGUAGUAAAAAGUUCAUAUUUCAUAUAUAUACUAGAAAAUAGAAAUGGUAAGAACACCUUGUUGUGAGAAAGUAGGUCUCAAGAGAGGGAGAUGGACAAUAGAAGAAGAUGAAAGACUCACAAACUAUAUUCAAGCUAAUGGUGAAGGCUCUUGGAGGACAUUACCUAAAAAUGCUGGGUUAUUAAGAUGCGGAAAGAGUUGCAGAUUAAGAUGGAUUAAUUAUUUAAAGAGUGAUUUGAAGAGAGGUAACAUAACUUCUGAGGAAGAAGCUAUAAUCAUCAAGUUACGUGCAACUUUGGGUAACAGAUUGUGUUAUGUGUCCCUAUAUGACACUGGACUGCAAGAGCACCAAUGUCUCAAAAGUACGACAGAGAAUAUCUGCAUACCAUAUUCGAUAGUUCGAAGAUGGUCUCUAAUAGCAGAAUAUUUACCACAUAGAACAGAUAACGAGAUAAAAAAUUAUUGGAAUUCUCGUUUGUGCCGAAAAGUAGAAAGCUUGAGGAUUCCAAGUGACGAAGAGUUGCCACAAGCUGUCGUCGAAUUAGCCAAAAAAGGAAAACAACAACAAAUUAUCAAACAAAGACACAAAGGGAAAACAAAAAUUAGCGGUUCAAAUUUCGUAAGUGAAACUAUAGUUCACACUACAUCAUCAACGCCAAAUAUAGAGAAAGAAACCGUAAAUACUAUUCCGAAUGGCGAUAAUAAUGCCACGGAGUUCGAUCAUAACGAUGAUCAAAUGUUAUGGCAUGACGAUAUUAUGCUAAUGGACGAUGAAGAUGCUAAGUUGGACCAAGAUUUCAUUUUCAAAUGUUUAUGGAGCGACCAAGGAGAAAGUUUUGAAAUAAUCGAAAAUAACAAUAACAAUAACAAUAAUAAUGAAAUAUUAAAUGUGGAUAAUCAUGGUACCCUUGAUGGUUGGGAUUGGGAAUAUUUAGAUGAAAUGUUGAAUAAUGAAAUAGAGAAUAACAAUGUGUCAAAUAUUGAUCCCAUGAAUAGUGAUUUGGUAGCUUGGCUUUUGUCUUAAUAUAUAUAUAUACUCAUUAAUUUUCACUCCAA